AAUUCCUUGGGCCCUUCCCAUCCUGUACGCAAGGUGUACGUAAUGCCCCUGCCUAUAUACCCCUCCCAAGUCAUAAUUAUUAAGUACCUCAUAGAUGACCCCGCAGCCCAACUAUCUGAAAACAAAACAACAGAAGACCUAAGGCCUCCAAUUUCCAUACAAACCUCUUUAAAAUUCCCAAGCUUGAGGUAACAGCUUAAGCUACAAAGAGUUAUGAAAUCGUGAGACUUGACGAAUAGAAUUUGAUCCUUACAAACAAUACAUGUUUCCACCCAUCUUGCUUUCUUGCAAGCAGAUCCCGUUUACAUCAUCAUCGAAUACCUUGCCAAGGGUGACCUCAAGAAGAUGCUGUUGGGAUACCGAGACAAGGAUCCUGGUUCGGGUUACUCCAACAUACCUGGCUUGAGCAAAUCUCUUUCACGAACCCUGGUCAAAUUUGCCAGGGAUGUGGCAAACGGAAUGGACUUCUUGUCAUCACAACAGUGUGUGCAUCGUGACCUGGCUGCCCGUAACGUGCUGGUGAGCGAUGACUUGGUCUGUAAGGUGUCUGACUUUGGUCUGGCUCGUGACGUCAUGAACACUCGCAUCUACCAACGAGAGUCACAGGGCCCACUCCCCAUGCGUUGGAUGGCACUGGAAUCCAUACUCAACGACGUGUACACAACAGAGAGUGACGUAUGGUCUUUUGGGGUUCUGCUGUGGGAGAUCGUUACACUUGGUGCCAGACCGUAUCCGAUGAUGAAAGCCAAGACGAUGGUGAGCCAACUGCAGCAGGGGUAUCGUAUGCCGAGGCCCCAACACUGCAAGAAAGAGCUGUACGCCAUGAUGUGCAGCUGCUGGCAGAAGAUUCCUCAGGACCGACCUACCUUCCAGAGUCUCUACCAACAACUGGAUGACAUGCUGUCAGAAGACAAGGACUACAUCACUUUUAACAAGCUGGAUGAAAGCAUCUACGAAGUGACGGUGAUCCAUGCCAGCAACGAGAAACUGUAAAACUCGACAGUCAUUAUCUGUGCAAAAAUCGGUCUUUCACAGGUUAAAUAAAGCAUUGUCUGUCGCUUUUAACAUCCUUGUUGAGAUGAUUACUUUGCCUAGCUUGCUUACUCGUGUGUCAGGGGCGUUUCAAAGAUGUUUUCUAGAGUGGUUUUUGAAAUAUAUUCACGCAGACAGGGGUAUUGUGCCGUUGUUGAGGCCAUAAUCGCUUUCUUCGUCCUGAACUCUUAGAACACGGAAAAUGAGAACCCUACAGGGUUUAUGCUUUUAGGGGUACUUGCAGCCUUUAGACGGACGCCGCUAAAAAUGCAAUGAAUGCAAUGAAAAGGGUUGGGGAUUGACUCUUCGUCUGCACCUCUAUGUUUAACUUCUGUUUGAACACUUAUCACUGUAUAAUGUGACGAUCAAUUCUCCUUAGAUAAUUAUGUUUCACACACUAUAGCCAGGAAGAAGUAUCAGAUUAAAGAACCCGUUUAAAGGAAUCCACGCACUAAGGACAAAACAGAUUUUGCACUUUUAAAACAUAUUUUUUACCAUCCGCAGUUUUAUUCUUCACGGUAAGCCGUUGAUGUACUGGUAGUUAAUUAGGCUAAUUUACUGCUCCAUUAGCUGACGCAAAAUGCAACAUCUCUCAGGCAUUAAUUCAGUUGUUUUAUCGUAUAUUCCAUUAAUGUGUCUGAACGCGUACUUGACCAAGCAUCAAAACCUAUAGGUUUUGGAAAAACCGGAUGUGUUUAGUCCACUGUAGUCAGCUUUCAUGAGUAAUACGUGUCUUUGAAGAUCAGAAAGUAGAGACCUCACAAAAAUUGUUUGUAAAUUGCACUACACUGUUAUUUGUGUUGUUUUAAUUAAAAAGUUUCAGAGCUACGUAAAAGAGAGGCCCACUUUUCUCCUCAUAUAGACAACGCGUUUGUACUGAUUGCCCCAUCCAGUAAUAAGAUUCUUACAGACACACAUUUACAAGGAAGACUUUCAAUUUAUUUGGGUAGAAUCGGACACAAACAAUGCCUCGCAAGCGUAGCCAUAUGAAGAGAGAUUUUUCGGGUCUGUGAAUGGGCUUUGCCUAAACCGCCUCUUUGUGCAAGUUUUUUUUUUUAUAGGUCGCUUUUGGACAAUCGUUUAGGGGGGGUUCCGCCCAAAGAACUUGGCCCUCCAAUGCUUGAAGUAGCUUCGGUUUUGUCCAAAUGCACUCCAUAUUAGGAUAAAACUAAAGUUUCAAUUCAAUCUGA